AUGACGACUCCAAGAGUUUUCUGGUGUGAUGUUUGUGGUCGUCUCGUUGACAGGGGAUGCUGGAUCUACUAUUGUCAUGAGUUUGACUAUGGAACCCACUUGGGUUGUGCCAUAUUUGAUGCAGGAGAAGCUUCAAACAAGCCUUCGAGCAAUCCGGCGAACCUCGGUGCUGAGAAACCAAUGGAGACCCCUAUUCGAGCACUUGGCGGUGGCGGUGUUCUAUCAAGGAAAGAUGAAGAAGAGGAGCAAGCAUUGAGGAAGCAAGUGGUGGAUCAGAUGAAGGAUACUGAACUUGAGAUUGCUUGGCUUCAAAAUCAGUAUGCUAGCUAUAUUGCACAACUGAUGAAUUGGUCUCAUUGUUAA